CAGGUAGCUCACGGCACAAAUCAUUCCCGACACCUUUCGCCGGCUCUGCUCCUCCCGCCGACGACCGCGAGCCAUGUCCGCCGCCGCACCCACCUCGUCGCCCGAUCUGCCGGAGGUUAUCCGCGGGGGCCUCAUCCCGGCUCUCCCCGACGACCUGUCCAUCCACUGCAUCGCCCUCCUGCCGCGCGCCGCGCACCCCUCCCUCGCGCUCGUCUCCCGCGCCUUCCACGCCUUGCUGUGCCUCCACCCGGAGCGCCUCCUGGCCGCGCGCCGCUGCCUCCGCCUCUCCGAGCCCCACAUCCUCCUUUCCCUCCGGCCACCGGCCUCCGCCUCCCCUCUCUUCUUCCUCCUCCUCCCGCAACCCGGAUGGCCCCCUCUGCCUCUCCCGCCCCCUCCCGUCCCCGUCUCGUCCUCCUCGUCGGUCGCUGUCGAGGGUAACCGGAUGUUCCUCGUCGGGGGAUCCGUCUCCGGAGUGCCCUCUCCUUCGGUGCAGAUCUUGGAUCCCCGCACCAGAUCCUGGUCAGUCGGCCCGCGUCUCUCCUCUCCGCGGGAGUUCGCCGCCGCCGUUGCCCUCUCCGGCGAACUAUUCGUUGCCGGCGGUUGUGUCCCUUCCUCCCCCUUCUGGGCUGAGUCUCUUGACCUCUCCACCCCGGAUGCCAAGUGGGCCAUGGUCUCCAGCCCGCCCCACUUCCGGGAGAAGUGGAUGCACGGCUCCGCCUCGCUCGCCGGGAAGGUCCUCGCGGUGGCCGAUCGCGGCGGCUUGGCCUACGACCCCGCUGCACCGCCUGGUGAGGCGUGGGCGCCGGUUUCUCCGGUCCUUGACAUGGGGUGGAAGGGUCGUGCAGCCGUGGUUGGUGGAAUCCUCUACUCCUACGAUUACUUGGGGCAGGUCAAGGGCUAUGAUCCGGACACUGAUUCCUGGAGCAAGGUGGAAGGAUUGGAGCAGGAGUUGCCCAAGUUCUUGUGUGGUGCCACUCUUGCCAAUGUUGGCGGAUUGCUCUACUUGGUUUGGGAAGGGAAAUGGAAAGGAAAAGCGAAAGGAAAGGGCGAAGCAAGGAGCAUGGUGGUAAUUGAUUGGGCUGCCAUUGAGGUGACGAAGGCCGAAGAGGGACGGCUCAGGGGGAAGGUGGUAUCGAGGGACACCAUUAAAUUCAUGGACAUGCCCAAGGGGUCGGCAAUCACGCAUUGUAUUGCAUUGGAACUGUGACAUGGUUGCUCCAAACGUAAAUCAAAUGGCAUGCUGUACUCCUGAUUUGAGGAUGAAAAGACUCGGUAUUGUGGUAGCACCUCCUGUUGACAAUGCUUCACUACUGAGUUGCAGGGCAUCUGGGCAAUAGCAAAUCUGGCUGGACGACAUAGGCUUAACUCAAGAGAUUGUGUUUCAAUUCCUUAUCUUCUGGAUGCUGGAAAAAAAAUCAUCUGGAGUUCUGCGUGACAAAGUUGCAGUUGGACAUUGAAGAUGAAGCAAAUGUUUUGCCUUGUACUCUAUUUAUUCUGCAUUACCAGUCAAUUAUUUUGCCUCAGAUUCAUCAUUGAUCUGCGUGUAUUUCAAAUAAUGCAUCUUUGAAGAAGUGAAAUGAGGCAAAAAAUAAUUAUGUAGCCCGGCUGUACUGAAC